AUGGCUCCCAGGACGGGGCUUGAGGCCUCACUCAAAUCUGGGGUCUACUUGGGUGUCAAGUGCCAUGCUGACCACCCAAGGCUAGUUCUGAUGCUAUUCACCAGUGUGCUGGUGACUUGGCUGGAGGCUGCUAAGCUCACUGUAGGUUUCCAGGCCCCUUGGAACAUCUCUCAUCCCUUCAGUGUGCAAAGGCUUGGGGCAGGCCUCCAGAUUGCCAUGGACAGCGUCAACGCAGAGCCAAUGGACUUUGGUAACUUCACUCUGGAGUUCACUUACACCAACUCAGCCUGCAGCAACAAGGAAUAUCUUUCUAUUUUCAUCAACCAGGUCCAGAAAGAACAGAUUUCUGCCCUGUUUGGACCAGCAUGCCCAGAAGCAGCAGAGGUUAUUGGCUUGCUGGCCUCUGAGUGGAACAUACCCAUGUUUGACUUUGUUGGACAAAUGGAGAAACUGGAUGACCACUUCUCGUAUGACACCUGCGUGAAACUUGUGCCACCCAGGAAGGACCUUGGUGAUGUGCUCCACAGAAGUCUCCUGUACCUGGGCUGGAAACACAUUGGGAUGUUUGGAGGCUACUCGGGGACUUCCUCCUGGGCUGGAGUAGAUGAACUGUGGAGGGUGGUAGAGCAGGAACUCAAAUCCCAUUUCACCAUCACUGCCAGCAGCAGGUACGCCACCACCAAUCCCGUCCUCCUUCGAGAGAAUCUCAGGAGCGUGUCAUCAAGUGCCAGGGUUAUCAUCUUAAUCUGCAGCUCAGAGGAUGCAAAGGUUAUUCUUCUGGCUGCAGAGAACCUGGGACUCAACACGGGAGAGUUUGUCUUCAUCAUUUUGCAGCUGUUGGAAGACAGUUUUUGGAAGGAGGUGUUGACAACUCCAAAGGUGAGACACUUCCCGAAAGUCUAUGAGUUGGUGCUUCUCAUUGCUCUGAGCUCCUACGGAGAAGGCCCCCGGCAUGAAGGCUUCUGGAGACAAGCCUACCAGAGGCUGAGGAGGCCGCCUUUCCACAGCACUAUCUCCUCAGAGGAACAGGUGAGCCCUUACUCCGCCUACCUCCAUGACGCUGUGCUACUCUAUGCUCAGACCGUGGCGUGGAUGGUAAAGGCCGGCAGGGAUGUCCGGGAUGGGCGGCAGCUGGUCAGCAGCCUGAAAGGUUCCAAUCAGACUGUGGUUCAGGGAAUCACUGGCCCUGUGUUUGUGGAUUCCCGGGGGGAAAGGCACGUGGACUACUCGGUUUAUGCCCUACAGAAAUCUGGAAACGGGUCCCUUUUCCUUCAUUUUCUUCAUUAUGACAGUUACCAGAAAGUAAUCAGACCUACAGGGAAUCUUUCCAAUGUCAUGUGGCCCCAUGGAUCCCUUCCUGAAGACAGACCUGGCUGUGGAUUUUACAAUGAACUCUGUAACCCUGAGCCUGUGAUUAGAGGUGACACUGCUGUGAUUCUCACAGUGACCCUCCUUAUUACUGCCUCGGGAGCUGCCAUCCUGGGUCUGAUUUUAAGGAUGCAGAAGGGAAAACUGCAGAGGCAAAAUAAAGACAUGUGGUGGCAAAUCAACUAUGACAACAUCAUCGUUCUUCCCCAGAACAAGCCAUUCCAGAGAGAGAACGUGAGUAACUCAUCCAGUGCGACGAUUUCUGCGGACCUCAGGUCCUUUGUCAAGAGCCAGCAGGGGGAGGAGCUCUUCUACGCCCCAGUUGGAUUUUACCAGGGAAACCACGUGGCCAUCCGCUAUGUUGGUGACCAAGCAGCAGCCCGGGUUAGGAAGUGCACUGUGCUACAGGAAAUCCAGCUGAUGUGUGAAUUAAGGCACGAGAACAUUGUUCACUUCUUUGGCGUUUGCACAGAAUCACCUAACAUCUGCAUUGUCAACCAGUAUUGCAAAAAAGGAAGUCUUAAGGAUGUUUUGAGAAGCUCUGAUCAUGCAAUGGAUUGGAUAUUCAAAAUCUCCUUUGCAUAUGACAUAGUCAGUGGCAUGCUGUUCCUCCACAGGAGCCCCCUGGGGUCCCACGGCAACCUGAAGCCUUCCAACUGCCUGGUGGAUGGUCGGAUGCAGGUGAAGCUGAUGGGAUUUGGGCUGUGGGAACUCAAGUACGGCCAGACACACAGAACCUUCGAUGAGAAAACUACCGACCCCUCAGAGCUCUACUGGACGGCACCAGAGCUGCUGCGGCUCCCAGAGUCACCCUGGUCGGGCACCCCCAAAGGAGACGUUUACAGCUUCGCCAUUCUGAUGCGGGAGCUGAUCCACCACCCUGACCACGGGCCCUUUGAUGACCUCCAGGAGGCACCAGAUGAAAUUAUCAACCGGAUCAAAGACCCCACAGCGUCAGUUCCGCUGCGACCCUCCCUGUCGGAGGAGAAGAGCAAUGAACAGAUUGUGGCCAUGGUGAUGGCGUGUUGGGACGAAUCUCCAGAGAAAAGGCCCACUUUCCUGUCCAUCAAGAAAACUUUACGAGAAGCCAGUCCCAAAGGCCACAUGAGCAUGCUGGACAGCAUGGUGAGCAAGCUGGAAGUGUAUGCCAGUCACCUGGAGGAAGCGGUGGCAGAGAGGACCAGCCAGCUGAUGGCAGAGAAGAGGAAGGUGGAGAAGCUUCUGUCCACCAUGUUGCCCAGCUUCAUUGGAGCACAACUCAUAGCUGGAAAGUCUGUGGAACCAGAACAUUUUGAGUCCGUGACCAUCUUUUUCUCUGACAUCGUGGGAUUCACAAAACUGUGUUCGCUCAGCUCCCCCCUGCAGGUUGUGAAGCUCCUCAAUGACCUGUACAGUUUAUUCGAUCACAUCAUUGAGGCCUACGAUGUGUACAAGGUUGAGACCAUUGGAGACGCAUACAUGGUAGCCAGCGGGCUUCCCAUCCGCAAUGGGAGUCAGCACGUGCACGAGAUUGCCACCAUGUCCCUGCACUUCCUCAGUGCCACCAUCCACUUCCAGAUUGGGCAUAUGCCUGAGGAGAAGCUCGGGCUCCGGAUUGGCCUCCACACAGGUCCUGUGGUGGCUGGCGUGGUAGGCAUCAUCAUGCCCAGGUAUUGUCUGUUUGGGGACACUGUGAACGUGGCAUCCAGAAUGGAGAGCAGCAGUUUGCCUCUCCGGAUCCAGGUCUCCCAGAGCACGGCAGGCGCCCUGCUGGCAGUGGGCGGGUAUGAUUUGCAAAAGAGAGGUACCAUUCCAGUCAAGGGCAAAGAAGAGCAGACAACUUUCUGGUUGAAAGGCAAGGAAGGCUUCACUAUUUCACUUCCCGAAUUUACUGAGGAAGAAGCUCAGGUCCCGGAGAGCUUGUGAGGAGAUCUGAUCUUCCCCAAAGGCCUUCGGCAUCAGGACAGAUGCUUAGGAGGGAAGGCAGAAGGCAUUUAUGUCGGAGGACAAGGGUGUUUUCCCCUCCUACUCCAACCUGGGGCCAGUGGACCAAUAUUUAUCUUCUCGUGCUCCAUAACUUCUUCUCUUAUUUGGGAUCAUGACUUCUGGACUCCAUUUUGCUCAACCAUGAAAGAAAACAAGGCCUCUGUUAUGAGGCCUCAGAGAUCUGGUUUAUUCCCCAUUCUUCCUUGUACCCAUCUAUCUGUCCAUCCAUCCAUCCAUCCAUCCAUCCAUCCAUCCAAUCAUCUAACCAUCCAUCUACCUAUCCAUCUAUAUAUCUGUCCACCCAUCCAUUCAUUCCUUCAUUCAUCAAUCUAUCUACC